AUGGCGAAGGCAGAGUUAACAAUCCUCGCACUGUCGAUGUUCGCAAUGUUAUUUUCGGUGGCUAAUGGACAAGCAGCGGGAGGCAUAACGGCGCUCGACCCGAAGACGAACAAAGAGGCGGAAGAACUAGGGAGGUUCGCGGUGGGAGAGCACAACAAGAAGGGUAAUCAGGUGGAGUUUGUGCAGGUGGUGCAAGCCGCCCAACAGGGGACCAAAUACUUUCUCAGGAUCGAAGGUUUGGACAAGGGGCAGAAGAAGAAGUUUUCCAGUGUGGUUCAGGUUCAAUCUGGAAAGAAGGAGAUGCUUAACUUCAAUUAA